AUGUCGGAUCGCAUUGACGUGCUGCUUUAUGGGCUCGGGGCAAUCGGCUCCUUUUACGCCUUCAUCUUGCAACGUUGCGAGCGGGUGCGCCUGACCGUCGUCGCGCGCUCCAACUACGAAGCCGUCAAGAGCAAUGGAGUCUUCGUGAACAGUGCCAAUCACGGCCAACACCACUUCCAUCCAUACAAAGUGGUCAAAUCCCCCGCCGAGCUGACUGGGAAAUCUGACUUCGUCGUAUGCGCCCAUAAAGCCAUUAACCCCGAGGCCACGCCGGCGGCCCUUGCGCCCGUCGUGGGCGACAACACGACUAUCGUGAUCAUCCAGAACGGAGUCGGCAACGAAGAGCCCUUUCGGCGCGCGUUUCCCACAAACUCGAUCCUAACCUGCGUGGCCUGGGUAGGAGCCAGUCAACCCACCCCGGGCACAGUCCACCACACGGUAGCGGAAAACACCCAAAUCGGGCUCUUCACCGAUGCAUCGUCUCCUCCAUCACCAGAGGGAAAAACGCGCCUCGCGACCUUCGCCGCUCUCCUCCAAGAAGGCGGCACAAACGUCGACGUCGUAGACGACAUCCAGCGGCGCCGAUGGGAGAAGGUUUCCUGGAACGCCGCGUGGAACGCCAUCACCUCUUUGACGAGGAUGGACACGCAGGAUUGGUUGGCCUCGUCGCCCGACGCGGUAUCACUGUCUCAACGGCUGAUACUGGAGGUGGUAUCUGUUGGGAGAGCGUGCGGCGUGUCGUUGCCGGAUGGGCUGGAGGAGGAGUUUAUUACGCGGGCUCGGGGGCUGGGGAGGAUGCGGACUAGUAUGCAGUAUGAUUGUGAGCAUGAGAGGCCGAUGGAGAUUGAGGUUAUUUUGGGGUAUCCGGCUAGGAAGGCGAGGGAGUUAGGCGUUGAUGCGCCGGUCUUGCAGACGCUGUAUGCGUUGUUGCGGGCUGUUGAUGGGCGGUUUGCUGCUGGGGUGGUGGGUUCUGUAUAGGUUUGUUGUACUGGUUUGGGAUAACUAGAGUUUAGAU